AUGAAACUAUUGAUCUUCACUCAUUUUUGUAUCUAUUUAAUACCAUUAGUUGUUUGUAUCGUUGAAUUUCUUGUUGGUUGGACUCAAAUAAAAGACCCUAUUGGAGAUAGUUGUGAAGUAUUUUAUACGAAUAUCUAUGUUCAAAUAUUUAAUAUAAUUUUCGCGUGUGCAUUACCAAUGUCCUUGAACAUGCUGUUAAUUUAUGCCAGUGUUCAUCAUGUUCAUUUAACAUCAGUUUUACAAUCGACACAACAUCAUGUUUCAGCUCGUGAAAAAUAUCAUCGUUCAUUAGUCAUUCAAUUUUUCUGUUUUUAUUUUAUUUGGGGUGUACUUUGGUUACCAUAUGUUAUUAUUUUUCAAGUAUCAUUUCGUCAGCAGAAUGUGAUGAAUGUCGUUAUGCUACUUAGUCUUGUGGAAACAGCAUGUGAUCCAAUAAUUGUUGGAGCAUUAGAUGUUCAUGCACGUCUUGUUCAACGAGAAUAUCGAAUUAAUAAAUGGAAUACACUUGACACACGUUUUGGUGCAACAGUAACGACAUUACAACAAGAAAUACCAUCGAUUCAAUCAAUGAGACGUAUUCGUUUACUGAAAAUUAUGGAACGUUUUAGUGGUGAUGUUGAACAAGUUCGAAAAUUUAUACAAGUUUUUGAAGAACGACAUCAUGAACAUAAUGAAAAUUCAAGUGUAUCUCGACAUGAAAAACGAGAAGAAUUAAAAACAAAAUAUGCUACUCAUCACGUCGUACAGCAAAAAAAAGAAAAAUUAGAAGAACUUAAUGCAAAAUAUGCAAAUCAAAUUGCACAAGUUGAAAGUGAUGGUAUAAUAAUUAAAAAUAAGCAACUUCUAAUACGUUUAUUAGAAAAAACUGAUGGACAAGUUGAUGUUGUUAAACAAUUUUUGAAUGAAAGAAAAGAAUAUCGAGAUAAAUAUCGAAAUGAAGCACAAGAUAUAACAACACAAGAAACUGAUGAAACAGAAUCAACAUUGAGAAAACGAUGUAAACUAAGUAUUGAUGAUAUUGAUAAUCUUAAACGACUUCGUUCAGCUGGUGUACAUGGAAAUUCAAUGAAAGUAUUAGCAAUCUUUCAUAAAUGUAAUGAAUCAAUUGAAAUGGCAAUUGUUCGAACUCAAGAAGAACGACAACGACGUCUUCAAUCUCGAGAUGAACAAAAAUUUUGA